AGCCCAGCCCGGGGCGCCGCCGCCCGGAGCCUCCCCGCCACCGCCCCGGGGUGCGCGCGGCGCAGACAUGAACACCAGCGACGCCAAGGAGUACCUGGCCCGCAGGGAAAUCCCUCAGCUGUUCGAGAGCCUUUUGAAUGGACUGAUGUGUUCUAAGCCUGAAGAUCCAGUAGAGUACUUGGAAACUUGUUUACAGAAAGUAAAGGAAUUAGGUGGCUGUGACAAGGUGAAAUGGGACACAUUUGUCAGCCAGGAAAAGAAGACCUUACCUCCACUAAACGGGGGACAGUCGCGGAGAUCCUUUCUAAGAAAUGUAUUGCCUGAAAAUUCAAAUUUUCCAUAUCGGCGGUAUGAUCGGCUCCCUCCAAUCCACCAAUUUUCUAUAGAAAGUGACACAGAUCUCUCGGAGACUGCAGAGCUAAUUGAAGAGUAUGAGGUUUUUGAUCCUGCUAGACCUCGACCAAAAAUCAUUCUUGUCAUAGGGGGUCCCGGAAGUGGAAAAGGUACUCAGAGUUUGAAAAUUGCAGAGCGCUAUGGAUUCCAGUACAUUUCAGUGGGAGAAUUACUGAGAAAGAAAAUCCACAGCGCCAGCAGCAACCGAAAGUGGAGCCUCAUUGCCAAGAUCAUUACGAACGGAGAACUGGCCCCGCAGGAAACAACGAUUACGGAGAUAAAACAAAAGUUGAUGCAAAUACCCGAUGAAGAGGGAAUCGUUAUUGAUGGAUUUCCACGUGAUGUUGCCCAAGCGCUGUCUUUUGAGGACCAAAUCUGUACCCCCGACUUGGUGGUCUUCCUGGCCUGCGCCAACCAGAGGCUGAAAGAGCGGUUACUGAAGAGGGCGGAGCAGCAGGGGCGGCCUGAUGACAACCUGAAGGCGACACAAAGGAGACUCGUGAACUUCAAGCAGAACGCCGCACCUUUGGUUAAAUACUUCCAGGAGAAGGGGCUCAUCAUGACCUUUGACGCCGACCGAAAUGAGGAUGAAGUAUUCUACGACAUCAGCCUGGCCGUUGACAACAAGUUGUUUCCAAACAAAGAGGCUGCAGCAGGUUCAGGGGACUUUGACCCUUCCAUGCUGUUGGACCCUGGAGACAUCAUAGAUCCAGAAUCUGAUUAUGAAGACCAGAAUGACGGCCCGGUGAACGUGUUUGCAGAGAACACCGAGGGAGGUCUCGUGGAAGAUCUGAGGAAAUGUAAAAUUAUCUUCAUGAUGGGUGGCCCGGGCUCCGGCAAAGGCGCGCAGUGCGAGAGGCUGGCGGCCAAGUACGGCCUGGCGCACCUGUCGCCCGGGCGGCUGCUGCGGGCCGAGCUGGCGGCGAACUCGGAGCGAAGCCGGCGGAUCCGGGCCCGCGUGGAGCGCGGCGAGCAGGCGCCCCCGGCCGUCAUCUUGGAGCUGCUGCAGGAGGCCAUGGCCGCCAGGCUUGGCGACACGCACGGCUUCCUGAUCUCCGGCUUUCCGGGGGGGCUAAAGCAAGGGGAGGAGUUCAGCCGCCAGGUCGGGGACCCGCACUUGGUCAUCUGCAUGGACUGCUCGGCGGACACCAUGACCAGCCGCCUUCUCCAGAGGAGCCCAGGCAACGCGGCCCCAGAGGACGCCGCCAAGACGGUGGCCAAGCGCCUGGAGACCUACUACCGGGCCUGCCUGCCGGUCCUGGCCCACUACGAGGGCACGACGCAGCUGAGAAAGAUAAACGCUGAGGGAACUCCAGAAGAGGUUUUUCUUCAACUCUGCAAGGCUAUUGACUCUGUUUUCUGAAGGCGAGAAAGCAUGGAUGCAGAGGAGCGGAGAGAGAGGAGCGCACUCACUGGUCCAUCCCUUGACACCAUCUGUGUCCUGCGUCCCCCAAAUCCCACCGGCACUGUCUGCUCCCCCCGGGCUUGUGCGGGAGGUGUCUGGGGCCAUGCAUGGUGCAGUAGGGGUGUCAGCCCCAUCCUCAGGCAGCGAUGGCUGUCCUCGCCCCAGUACGCACGCUUUUUUGUUGUGACCCAGUAGCGUGGUGCCGUGACAGCUGCGCCCCAGUUCUUGCUUGGAGUCUGGUCAUCCGGUUUAGUCUCAUCAAAAGGGGGCCAGCACCCCCAGCCCAUCACACCCCUCUUCUCCUCCCAGGAUUCCCUGGGGACCCGUGCCCGCCCACUAUGGCUGGAGCCCCGGGGUCCCACAGGGCCAUCAGGUCAGCCUCGUGUGGAAGAAACUAAAAUGGGAAACUGCACAGCUACGCCAACAUGGCAAGACCUGGGCUGGUCACCCGUCACUUCCUGCACUUAGGGAACUGGCUCCUGGGAAUGCUGUCUUGUGAAUGGCUGGGAGAGCUGGAGCAAUUGUGUGCCGUAGUCUCCUCUCUACCUGGUCCUGCGUUUCAGCAGUUAUAAAUUACGUCAGUGACCUAGAGUAAUUCGAAGCAUGGAUGAUUUGUUAUUUCAUUCACUGGACAAGGGCCACCUUAUCGUUUUGGUUUUCAGUGUCCACCCACUCGCCCAGCGGGUGAGCAGAGGCAGUGACGAGCAGCUGCGGGGGGAGGGGCAUGUCAGCAAGCAGGUGUUUUGCAGAUACCAGUGUUGUAUUCAUCUCACCCGGGCCCCCCAGGGGCUUGCAAACCUUGUAGCACACCGGUGAGGUCUGGCUCUUUUGUACUCAGUUGUGAAAUCAGAGCUUCUGUGUCCUGUGGAAAUAACUGCACCGCUCUCUUGGCCACUACAGAAGACCGUGGUUUCGGUUUGCAUGGUUUUUCCUUCCAUCAUUGUGCAAAUACGGAUCCAUUUCCAGGACAGAAUUGUAUUUUUAAAGUCUUUUUUUUUUUUCUUGAAAUGGGUAUGUACAAAUAAAAUAAAUGGAAGCCA